UCAACACAAAUCAGGAAGACAUAAUGAUACUUUCUCGAGGCAAAUCGGAUUCAGCAAACUCCCGCCAUGACACAAGUGCGGCCAACAAAAAGAACUUACCAAUCUUUGAGGAUUUCAUAGUUGAACGUGACUACACCGGAGCCAGGGCUUAUUUGGAGUUCAUGUUUGACGAUGACGAUAAUCAAAAGAUAUUGCGUGAACAAUGGAUGGCUUUCUGCAGUUUCCAUCUCGGUGAUUAUCAGAAAGCCUUGGACCAAUACCAGGCAAUCAAAAAGGAAGAUCCCACCAUCAAUGAUAUCACUCUAAACGUAGCCAUUUGCAUGUUUUACUUGGGCAUGUACGAAGAAGCCCAUGACUUGAUGGACAUUAUACCCAACACCCCCCUGAAAGUACGUUUACUAUUUCACUUGGCCCAUAAACUAAAUAAUGAGGAUCAACUUAUGGAACUGCAUGAAUCUCUUCGUGAUGUUGUUGAGGACCAGCUGACCCUAGCGUGUCUACAUUAUCUAAGAGCUCACUAUCAGGAGGCCAUCGAUAUCUACAAAAGGAUUCUUCUAGAUAACAAGGAGUAUUUGGCUAUAAAUGUCUAUCUGGCACUCUGCUUUUACAAGCUCGACUACUAUGACAUGUCGCAAGAGGUCUUGGAUAUCUACUUGAAUAGACAUCCCGACAGUACCAUUGCUAUCAACUUGAAAGCCUGCAAUAGAUUCCGUCUCUUUAAUGGAAGAGUUGCUGAACAGGAGAUCAAAAAUAUCACGGAUAAUGGAACCUUCGGUGCUGACUUAAUCCGUCACAAUCUAGUAGUUUUCAGGAAUGGCGAAGGAGCUUUGCAGGUGUUUCCAGCUCUACUCAAUAUCAUUCCAGAAGCAAGGUUAAACUUGGCGAUUUUCUACUUGAGACGCGGAAAUAUCCAGGAAGCUCACAGUUUAAUGAAAGAAGUCCAACCUACUGUUCCUCAUGAGUAUAUUCUGAAAGGUGUAGUUCACGCUGCUCUUGGACAGCAGCUGGGAUCGAAAGAGCACAUCAAAACAGCACAACAGAACCUUCAUUUGGUCGGCAGUUCAGCUUCCGAGUGUGAUACGAUUCCCGGUAGGCAAAGCAUGGCCUCGGCUUUUUUCCUUUAUGGUCAGUUCGAAGAGGUCCUCGUCUAUUUGAAUUCAAUUCGCAGUUACUUCGUCAAUGAUGAUAUCUUCAAUUACAAUUAUGCUCAAGCGAAGGCGGCUACAGGUUACUUUAAAGAAGCUGAGGAAUUGUUCCUACAAAUUAACGACCCUGAAAUUAGAAAUCAACAUACAUUCUGCAUGCUCCUGGCUAGAUGCCAUAUUCAAGCUGGUCAUCCGGAACAGGCAUGGAAUCUCUUUGUCUCUCGCGAUACCAAUUCAGAAGCAUUCCUUUUGCUUCAACUAAUCGCGAAUGAUUGCUACAAAUGCGAGGAGUUUUGGGUGGCCGCAAAAGCAUUUGAUAUGUUGGAAAAACUAGAUCCAAGUCCUGAGCAUUGGGAAGGAAAACGAGGUGCCUGUGCUGGAGCUCUUUUUGCAGUUGUUACUGACUUGGAUAAAGGAAGACCUCCUAAUGGAGUUGCAGAUAUUGUUUCAAUAUUGCGGGAAUCAAACAAUUCUCAAGCAGAAGUUAUGCUCAAAGCAAUUAGGAAAUAUGCCAGUAAUUUGAAAUAAGGACUAAUAACUCCUGUAUUUUUACUUACUGAUUUUUUGCUUAACUAAAUAAAAUAACUGUUUUCAUUUU